CAACGGGGGCGCGGCAACGUCACGGCAGCCGGUUCUCAACGCAGCUGCCCACUGUAGAGCCGCUGUGUGUACCUUCCGGCACCUGCGGGCUGGAGGGAGCGCUUUCCACACCCGUAUCCGAACGUUCUUCGUCUGUCCUUAAACGCUUUAUCCUGCCUCAAGUCGCGGAGAGCAGCCUCCCGCCGCGACCCACCUCUGAGGCCCGGGCCAGAAGCUAGAGGCGGUCUGUCCGGUUUCCGCUGGUCCUCGCCCCCCGUGCCCGUGGAGCCAGCCAGCCGCCCGCGGCCUCGGCGGGACGAUGCUGGAGUCCAUUCGCGUGACGGAAAAGCUUCACUGGCCUGAGCAAGAACUCGCUAAGAAGUCUGUUCUAAAUGCAGAAGAGUCAUUGAUCAUUGACAGCAAAAGAAGCAUUUCACAUUUAUCUUCUGGGAUACUAAAGGACAUUUUCACAACUGGAACCAGUAGUUACAAUGUCCUACUACAGAGCAAAGAGGAGAAAAAGCAUCAUUCACAAAAACAGUCUUCCUCUACCUACUCCAAAAGAUGUAGAAAACCCAGCAAAUCUCCUAGUUCUUCUCGUAGUAAAGAUCUUCGCAAGAUGAAAGCCCCGGUGUCUAUGAUGAGCAGUGGUACCUGGUAUUGCCUAGAAAGGCAGCCUGGUGUCUUUGUCACUAGUUCAGUGUCGAGUCCUCUAAAGUUUACACAUGAUAUCUCUGUUACAGGGAGCAGCAUAGUACUGCCACCUAAACCCAAAAACAAAGUAAAGCGACGCCAUUUCUCUGCUCUGCCAAAGCCAAAGCUGCAGCCUCAGUUGUCUAGAAGUUUUGAAAAAGGAGAUGACUUUUCUGGGAAGAAAUUUUGUAUACUGACUGCUAUAAAGCCCACCAACUUGGAGAAAGAGAAACUAAGAUUCUUCAAAUCUGAUUAUACCUACAAUCCUCAGUUUGAAUAUGCAAACCCAUCUCUGCCAAGUGUGCUAGCCAAACACAGCAAUGCCUCAGACCGAUUUCUUAAACAGUCCAUCAAUAUUAUGGAACUGACUUUACAGAAAUAUGGAAGUUAUGAAAAGUUUGAGCAGGCCACUGGUGGCAGCCUGCUAUCUAAAACUCGAAUCUGGAGUCAUGUUCGGAAGUACAUGAUGAAAGAAGGCUGCCUGGGUGAGAUUGUAGUUCAUCUCACUGAAGAUCUGCUUUCCCGAGCUUCAAUGACAGUGGUAAAUGGGUGCCCAACACUGACCAUUAAUGUUUCCACAGCACGUGAGCACUGGCUGGAGGGAAUGCUGAGGCAUGAAAUAGGCACACAUUAUUUUCGAGGUAUUAACAACCUUCAGCAGCCAUGGAACAGUUGGACUGGCCGUAAAAAACAUGAGCUAAAGCCAAACAAUCCCACAGAGGAAGGACUGGCAAGUAUUCACAGCGUCCUUUUUAGAAAAGACCCCUUUUUAUGGAGGGCGGCCCUCCUCUACUACACUGUUUAUCGAGCCAGCCAAAUGUCUUUCUGCGAACUCUUCAAAGAUAUUGGAAAGUUUGUCAAGGACCCCAAUACAAGAUGGGAUUAUUGUGUACGAGCCAAGAGGGGAUGGACUGACACUUCUCAACCAGGCUGCUUUAGUAAAGACCAGGUAUACUUGGAUGGGAUCCUGCAAAUUCUCCGGUACAGAGAGACCAUUGACUUUCAUCUACUGACUGCCCUGGGCAAGGUCUCAUAUGAAGAUGUGGAUCGCUUGAAAGGAUUGGCAGUUAUUGAAAACAUGAGGGUCCCUCAUUUCCUGCAGGACCAUGGCCGAUACAUGGAACAUUUAGAGAAAAUUAUGGAAGUGAAUGAACUGACCGACAGGGAACUGAAAGAUCUUAUAUAUUAAUCAGCAUUCUUACAGAUGUAGCUAAUCUAUUAACCAAUUAGGUGCAGUUAGCACCAGCAUAUUUAUAAAAACAAUGACUGUUUACAUGACUUUUCUGUAGAAUGAUCUGUAGUAUUCAGCUGAAUUUUUAAAAGUUAAGUACAAACCUUAAACUGUUUCCUUAACAUGUUUCUAUAGGCUGCAGGGGAAAGUUCCUCCUAUUUUUAUCUGAAUCUCAACAGAGUCCAGUGAAAAUACUACUGGUGAGUUUUUUGGUUUUUUUUGUUUUUUGUUUUUUUUUUGAAGAAUCUUGGUCAAAUUGAGUGAUAGGCUGUCUGGCAGUGAGCAUUGCUCCUUGGUGCUUCUGCCUGAGCACCAAGACUAGCCCUGACUAUAGAGAUAGAACACUGGAAUUCAGACUCCCAAGAUUAUAUUUUAUUUUAUAAAUAAUGGUAAUUCUCCUUUGAAAAAUUAGUUUUAUUAUGCUCCCCAAAUGUAGCUGUAUUUAAGAUUUUUUAUUUCUCUUAGAUGUUAAGUAAUGUUAAAGAGAGGGGGAAAGUAGUUUGAAAAGUAUUCAUUAGUUCUUUAUUUUCCACAUUGUUUCACCUUAUCAGUUUAUAGGAACUAAAUUAGAGAAUUACCUCAUUUUCAAUUAUUUCUUAACUAAACUUUAUUUGCUAAAACAUAUUAUGUCCCUUCAAGAUUUUAAGUUUUAGGGUCUUUCCCUUCCUAUUCCUUCAUACAAAAUAAGUAAAAGUUCCAAGAGAGGUUUGUCUACAUAGAUUAAAAUAGUUGGGGAAGAGAGAAGCUACUUACCUUUUUAUUAAAUGGAGCGACUAGCAAGACACAAAUUAACUAAUAUAGUUCCUGUAGGCACUGGAUAUUGACUAGGUAGUGUCUACCAUAAACUUCACCAUGCGCUGGAGAGUGGAAUUCCUAAACAUUGCUGUUUGAUAAACUGGCCCGGUCAUGUUGGCUCAGUAUAUUUUGUCAAAAUCUUUGACUUCAUCAACCCAACAAUAACCUAGUUUGCUUUCAAAAAUCAGAAUUCUGUUUUGCUGCAUUUUCUCUGUUAAAAGCUUACACACCUAGCUCUUUAUUAACUUACCGAUUUUGAUAUAUCUUGGAUAUAUAUACUUGGGAUCCAAUGAUUCUUCAAACAACUUAUUUUAAUGUUCAGGAAGAGCACUGCUGUAAACACCCAUUCAAAAUUGCUACUGUGAUUUUUACCCAAAGCUAUCAGAGUUCAUCUUUACCUCAGUUCAGGUUUAAAUAUGGUGCUAACACUGGUAGAUGCCUACUGCAAAGCCUGGUCCACAUUCAUGCUAGGAAAAGAUUAUAGGAACUCUUCUGCAGGCUAGGUUAUGUGAUUUUUUCUCAUUCACAUAUCUAGAAGGGCUUGCCUCGAAGAAUGUUGCUGCAAACAGGAUGUAUUCUAACUGGCACCUGGUAAUUCUUGAAAGCCACACAUCUCACCUUUGGUAAGUAGCAGGCCAGGCCCUUUGGACCAUUAAAGGCACGCACACACGUGUCCUGAUGGCUGGAGUGUGGCCUCUAGAUCUCUGUGCAGGCUUUGGGCACAUUGUGCCAACACUAACCAGGUACUGGAAAACACUCUUGACCCCUCAAGCAUAUUUCCUUGUAGCAGAGUCAUCCAGUUUCAGCUUUGGUGUAGCAUUUUUCAAACUUAUCCAAGAUGAUUGUGAAAAUGGUGUUUUGUUAACUGGAAUUGGAAUAUAGACAGAAAUGACAAUAUUUAUGUCCUGUGAUUUAAGCCCACAUGCUUACAAAUUCAACAUUUGUAGGCAAUAACACUGUUACUCUUAUGUUAUGGUUUAAAUGUAAAGGAAAAUCACAGAAGCCUUAAUAUCCUGUUGGUAGGAUUAUUUACAAUGAUGCUAGUCCCUGAAUUUUAAAAAUGGAUAUUCUCUAUCUGAUUUGGAAAAAGAAAUACUUUCUUGCCUUAUUGCUUUGGUAUAAAGACAAAAAAAAAAAAAAAAAAAACAAAACAGUGCUAUCCAGACAAACAAACAAAAAACAGACCUUCAAUCACAUUGGUUGUCUUAAGAUAUUUUAAAAGUUAGCAAUGAACCAAAAAUAGUUCCAGAUUAGCAGAAUACCUAAAGAGCUCGAAGCUUUAAAAGUUGGGAUUAAAGAUUUAGCUAAUGUUUAUUCUCUUUCCUGAAAUAGCAUUAAGGUCAGUUUUGUUCCCUUAAAAUUGAAGUUUUAAUAAAUUGAAAAUUAUAUCAACAGUACUUAGAAUAGUUGAAGGUUGCAUUAAUUUUAAUAGUUUUUAGUAUAGGCUAUUGAGGAUUAGGAUUUUAAUUUUGUCCACUGUAAUUCUAACAUAUAGUUGUAUCAAAUAUAAAGUCUGAUAAACUCUUAGGUUUUCACAUCGGAUGGGAUUCAGAGUAAAUUGUAGACAUAAGUCCAGUCUUGAUUUCUUUAUAUUUUCACUUUGUAAAAAUGUUUAAAAUUUGUAUGUUUUGUAUAUAUCUGGGCAUUUUAUGUUUAGCUGUAGUAGAAAGAGCGCUGAGGUUCUCAAAUGAAAUAUGAGACUAUGUAUGCAUGCAAACUUCUGUUCUUUGAAAACUUAAUUAUAUUUUUUUGUGGUAUUUCUGUGUUUUUAUUGGGUGGUAAU